AUGUCUUACCACCGCGCCUCGUCGCCAGGGAGCCGCCGUCUGGCUCACCCAGCACGCUUGUCCGACGGCUACUAUCCUGCUGCCACCUCGGCCGCCUAUGCUUCGCCCAGGUCCAGUGGUGAGCGCAUUGUGCCCCUCUCGACGACCAGCUUCGUCACACGAGACGCCUACUCGGGCAGACCCCGUCGCUCCACCCUGACCGAGCCCUCGCGUUCGACUACGCAACCCUCGACCGCCAACACCGCCCUCCCCGUCCACACACGUACCCGCCCUGCCGUCAUUCAAUCCUCGCACGAUCGCACCCAUAGUCCCUCGAGCCCACAUGCCUACUCCACCUCCACCCGCACUCCUGACUACUAUGCCGUCCCUGCCACCUCGCACAGAGACCACUCGCACAAGAAGCUCUACAGCAUCGACGGCGGCGGCAAGUCUCGUCUCGUUGCCGACAUAGACAUCAACACGAGCCAUGGCAGCUCCCACAGGCGUCACAGCGUUGAUCGCAACUCCGACCGUCACUCCUCGUCCCACCACCGCCACAAAGCCUACCAUCUCAGUGGGCCCUCGACCAGAAAGACCGAGAAUGACCACGGCUUCUCCUACACAGACCCUGCCGCCAUGUACAGAGACACCGAGCCGCGCUGGCGACACCGAGCAGGCAGUGUCGAGGCCACUCGUCCUAGACCAACCAGUACAGUAGUCGAGCCAUACCCUCCUCGCUCUUCAGCUAGAGAUUCUGGCCCGCCCACAUCGCGUGCCCUCGACAAGUUCAACGACGGUGCCGGUCGCAUCAACAGCACACGAGAAACCCCACGAUCCUCCAACAGACUGUCUUACCAGGAGCCGCACUACAACGACGGCUACACUUCUUCGUCCGGUCGUCACUCCACUGCUGUCCAUCAAGACCGUACACGCGAUGUCUAUUCCAGAGACGCCGAGCACGCUCGCCCAUCCCAUCGUUACGAAGAUCGUGGCGUCGAGCGCAGAGGUUUCGGCAUUCGCAGUGGCAGCCAAGACAGAUAUAAUCACAACAUGAACAAGGGCAGCAACGAAAGCUUCGAUGCCUACUACUCUGACCGCGACCGUGACCGCGUCCCUCCACGCAGCGACCCCUGCACCUACGAUUAUCCAAAAGAGUCCGAUCGCGAUCGAGACUAUCGCCCAAGAGACAAGGAGCGACCGCGAGAUGAUGGCUAUGCUUCAGAAAGAGACCGACAUCACGAACGAGAUCGACGGGAUCACAAUCGCAGAGACCGCGAUCGAGAAGUCAAUCCGAGAGGCAGUGGCGACAGUCUCACUAACACUAUCUUGCCUGCUGCGGCGACCGCUGCUAUCGGCGGUCUUGGUGCUAUGGCUGCUGCUGCUUAUGGCUCAGACACUACCGCCAAAGGACGUGAUCGUGAGUAUGAAGAGCGAGAUCGAGAGCGAGAAAGAGACAGGGAGAGAGAACGAGAACGCGAACACCGCGACCGUCAACAAGAACAUGAGCGAAAGCAGCGUGAGCACGAGAGAGAACUCAGAGACCGGGAGCGCGACAAGCGUGAACACGAAAGAGAACGCGAGAAAGACGUAGAGAGAGAUAGUGAGAAGGAACGAGAAAGGACUCACGAGCGCGAGAUACGUACUCGCGAAAGACCCAGGGAAAGGGAAAGAGAUAGACACAGGCACUCUUCAUCGUCCGAAAGCGGCCAAGACAGGCACCGCAGCUCGAGACGCCACCGCACGCUCGGAGCUGAUGGCUCUCCUCCACGAGAGAAAGAUACAAGACCUGCCGCUGAUGAGCGGCAACGCGUACCUGAGCCUGGUCACAUUCACCCGUCCGACGAGCGACAACGUGUUCCUGAGCGCGAACGUCCUGCUGUCACCGAACCUGCCGCAGAAAUUGACCCUGACGAAGAUUACCGUCGUCGGAUGGAACAGGCACAGAGAGAUCUAGGUUUGCAUGAUCAUGCAGACUCGGACAGAGACAGACGCACGAACGGAGCCGAGUCUGUUCCUAGCAGGGCUUCUCCUCCUGCUGUGUCCGAUGAUGUUGACCACCCCGAGAACAAAAGCAGAGAGAACCGAGUACGUAUCGUUGAGCCUCCAUCUGACAGAGAAGACUCUCAGCCAGUCAAGGGUAUCUUGAAGAGGCCCACGCAGAAGUUCCCUGAGGAUCCAAAUCCCAUGCGUGAAGGUGUUAAACCACUCAAAGAGACAACCAAAGAAGGAAUUCCUUCAGGCGCCCGUUGGACAAAAAUUGACCGCCGCCUUGUCAAUCCACAAGCUCUCGAAGAAGCGCAGGAACGCUUCGAAGAGCGUUUGGACUGUGUAAUUGUACUCCGAGUUCUGACUAAAGACGAGAUACAAAAACUUGCCGACAAAACAUUGGAGAUCAGAGAAGCCCGCUCUUAUGGUGAUGAAGAUCGUGAACGUCGCGAACGACGUGAGCACCGCCGUCGCGAACGUGAACGCGAGCGACACGACCGAGACGAAUACGAAGAUGAUGACAGCGAAGAUGAAUAUGCUCCCCGCGAACCACGGAUGCUCGAAGCUCCCACCGAUGGGCAGGAACCUACUGCAGAUUUUGUUCGCGACCGGGAAAGACGCAGAGAGCGUGAGCAGGAACCUGCUUACGCUUCUCGUGCGCUUUAG